GGAUAAAGCCAUGGCUGAAAUGAGUGAUAGCAACUCAAAUAAAACAACCAUUAUUCAGCAAGCAAUAGCCUCUUGUUGUGGAGCUAUAAUUACAUCAUUAUUUGUAACUCCAUUUGAUGUUAUCAAAACUCGACUGCAAGCCCAAAGCAAUCCAUUCCCCAAAGGAAAGUGUUUUGUAUACUCGAAUGGCCUUAUGGAUCAUAUAUGCGUUUGUGAGAAUGGGGACAGCAAAGCCUGGUAUAAAAAACCUGGGCAUUUCAAAGGGACGUCGGAUGCAUUUGUGAAAAUUAUUCAAAUAGAGGGAAUUAAAUCACUGUGGAGUGGGCUUCCCCCAACACUAAUAAUGGCACUUCCUACCACAAUAAUCUAUUUUACCUGCUAUGACCAACUGAGUGAAGCUCUGAAAUCUAGGCUAGGAAAGGAUGAUGAACACAUUCCAGUUCUUGCAGGUUCCUUAAGCAGAUUUGGUUCAGUUACUGUAGUGAGCCCCCUGGAGCUGAUCAGAACCAGAAUGCAGUAUCGCCAGUUGUCCUACAAGCAACUGUACACAUGCAUCAGCAGUAAAGUGGCUACAGAUGGAUGGUUCUCCCUGUGGAGGGGCUGGAGUUCCACUGUUCUGAGAGAUGUGCCUUUCUCAGCAAUGUACUGGUAUAAUUAUGAACAUUUCAAGAAGAUGAUGUGCAAGGAAGUUGGUGCACAUGAACCAACAUUUUUUAUUGCUUUUACUUCAGGAGCAGCAUCUGGCUCCAUUGCAGCUGUUAUAACUCUGCCAUUUGAUGUAGUGAAAACACAUAUGCAGACGGAACUUUGGGAGAGUGAGACCUUAAAAAUUUCACAGAGGCACUGUACAUCAACCUGGGCAGUUAUGAGGAAAAUUGUCGCUAAAAAUGGGAUUACUGGAUUAUUUGCUGGUGUUGUUCCACGGCUGCUUAAAGUUGCUCCUGCUUGUGCCAUAAUGAUCAGCACAUACGAAUAUGGAAAGUCUUUCUUUUCUCAUUUAAAUGAAAAAAUGAACCGUCCUUAAUAUUUCUCCAUCCGAUUGUGUGAGGCCAAAAUGCACGGUGAAAUACAUUGUGCCAGAUUUUAAUCUGUCAAGGCAUUUUCCAGAAGACCCAAUGAAUUUCUGCCACCACAUUUGGUAA